UCAGUCUCUCAGUGCGGCCUGAACCGUUAGCCGGCCUACAUCGUAAGUGUCCAAGUGUGGCUGUGUUCUUAUUAUACACUAUUUUAUCAUUUUAUUUUAUUACACAGACCAUUCAUUUAUAUCAAAUAAUACCUUGUUUAAUGUCAUUGCAUUCACUUUAAAAAAAUUUUUUUCAUAAUUUUCGUUUUUUCGUGUCACUAAAUAUUAAUAUUAUUAUUAUAAUAAUAGUAAAUUAUUUAUCGUUGUAACUAUAAAAUUAUAUUAAUAAUAAUCAAGAGAUUCCGUCCGUCGAAAUUGCUUUUUUUUUAUCAGUAACUACUGGAUUUACUAACAAGUAGAAAAACAAACAAUGAUUGAGAAUCCGGUGAUGUAGCUGAUGGGACGUAUAAUUGGAUGAUAAAUCCCUUUUUCCCGCAACAGACAGCAAUUGUUAUUGCCAGAGUGAUUUGGUCAUUGAUAAUUCAAAGCCAUCAUCACCAUCCCCGUGUCAACGGAUUGGGACGUCUGGGCGUCCUCAUCGACGUGAGGCGUCAAGGGGAGCUAAGGAGAGGAGUGGCGCGAGGACGAUGGCAAUGACGAGAGGUCGAAGCGCCCUCCUUAAUAUAGAAACACUGGUUGUAUUAACGGUGAUUGUUGCUUCGACGCUUGACUUGGGCGCGAGGGCAUCACCCUCACACAGAAGUCGCCAUCAUGCAGACUUUUCGCAUGAAGAACUUGGUCAGCAGCAACACGAAUAUGACCAACAGCAAUAUGAGCAGCAGCAUCAUCAUCAUCAACAACAACAACAACAGCAGCAGCAAACGAAAAGUAGUCUCAAGAUGACUACUCACCAGCUCGAGGAUCUCGGGGCAGCCAGGGCAGAGGCGUUUACCAGUCCCGGCGAUGACUCACUUAUUAUACAAACGAGAAAAGGCCGGGUCAAAGGUAUCACUCAGACUGCUGCUAGUGGCAAAAAGGUUGAUGCCUGGUAUGGCAUUCCUUACGCUCAAAAGCCCCUUGGGACGCUGAGGUUUCGGCACCCAAGGCCGCCCGAGCAAUGGGAUGGCAUACUGAACGCCACACAGCUGCCCAAUAGCUGCGUCCAGAUCCUCGACACUGUUUUUGGAGACUUUGUUGGUGCUACCAUGUGGAAUCCAAACACCCAGCUAAAUGAGGACUGCCUCUACGUAAACGUUGUGGUACCACAUCCCAGGCCAACGAAUGCCGCCGUCAUGGUAUGGAUAUUUGGUGGUGGCUUUUACUCCGGUUCCGCCACAUUAGACGUCUACGAUCCCAAGACACUUGUUUCCGAGGAAAACGUCAUUCUGGUCUCCAUGCAGUAUCGAGUUGCCAGCUUGGGAUUUUUGUAUUUUGGCACCGCUGAUGUACCAGGUAACGCUGGGCUCUUUGAUCAGAUGAUGGCGCUCCAGUGGGUCAGGGACAACAUCGCAGCAUUUGGUGGUAAUCCAGAUAAUGUUACGCUCUUUGGCGAGAGCGCAGGCGCUGUAUCUGUUUCAAUGCACUUACUUUCACCACUUUCCAGGCACCUCUUCAAUCAAGCAAUUAUGCAGUCAGGUUCACCAACAGCUCCCUGGGCAAUAAUAUCCCGUGAGGAGUCUAUUGUACGGGGGCUACGAUUAGCUGAAGCAGUAGGGUGUCCUCAUGAUCGUUAUAAUUUACGUGCUGUAAUUGACUGUCUUGUAACGAUUGAUCCUCUGGAUCUGGUAAAUAACGAAUGGGGUACACUUGGUAUCUGUGAAUUUCCAUUUGUACCAGUAAUUGACGGGGCAUUUCUUGACGAAACACCACAGCAGUCACUUGCCACGGCAUCAUUCAAAAAAGCAAAUAUUCUUAUGGGGUCAAAUACAGAGGAAGGAUUUUAUUUUAUAAUUUACUAUUUAACGGAAUUAUUCCGUAUUGACGGUACUGAAGAUGUUAAAGUAUCACGGGAAGAAUUUAUUAGAGCUGUAACGGAACUAAAUCCUUAUGUUAAUCAAAUAGCCAGACAUGCAAUCAUAUAUGAAUAUACCGAUUGGUUAAAUCCAGAUGACCCAAAUGCGAAUCGUAAUGCCAUUGACAAGAUCGUUGGAGACUAUCAAUUUACAUGCAAUGUUAAUGAAUUUGCAGCACGAUACGCUGAAACUGGCAAUUCCGUUUAUAUGUAUUACUAUAAACACAGAUCGGUUAAUAAUCCUUGGCCAAGGUGGACAGGUGUAAUGCAUGCCGAUGAAAUAAGUUAUAUUUUUGGUGAACCUUUGGAUCCUAACAAGGGAUAUACUAAUCAAGAAAUUACUCUUUCAAAAAGAAUGAUGCGUUAUUGGGCUAAUUUUGCUAAAACUGGAGAUCCAAAUAUGGGAGAUGAUGGCUCGUGGACGGAGGCAUUCUGGCCACAGCAUACGGCAAAAAAUCAAGAGUAUCUAACUCUCGAUACAAAUACAACAGAUGUUGGUCAGGGUAUUAGAACACGACAGUGUGCAUUUUGGAAAAAAUAUUUACCACAGCUUAUUUCCGCCACUUCUAAACUGGAGAUGUCAUCGAAAGAGACGUGCAGCGGUAGUACGUCGGGCACGGACACUGUUUUAACGCUAUGUCUGGCAAUGACGAGUCUCUUAGUGUUCUCCGGACUGCCCAUCACCAGCAUACCUGCUCGAGGCUACGUCUAGUCACUUAGAAAAAAAUUUAAUUAUACAUUAACUCUAAGAUAUCCCUAGAUAUCACAUUUUCUAAUAGUUAUUGAUACUCUGACUUUUUUUUUAUUUUUUAUUAGAAAGAGUAAAUUUUAUUUAGAUUUACUUUGGAGAUGUUAUUACAUAUAAGUGCUACGUAAAAUUUUUCGUCACUAUAUACUAACCCACGGUAUGUAUAUUUACACCGAGUUUAUUCUCGCUUCACGAAUUGCGGAUUAAGUGACUGUCGAUUUGAUUUUUACGCUCGAUUGCCAAUCGAUCUGCAACUCGUUACACAAUCGCAGACAUAUCAAUCUUUACGUAAAAUGCUAUAUAGUAGAUAUAUAUUAUAGACUUAUAUAAUAUAUCUGUACGUACAUACAUAAAUACGAUACACAAAAUUAAAAAAGAUUAUUGUGUACAAUGAUUAGAUUUUAAUCUUGUUAGUUUUUUUUUUUAAUUCUUUUUUAUUACAUUUAAUUAUACGAUUUUUAUCCGAUUAAUACAAAAAUUAAAUAAAGUUUAUUCUUGAAUAAAAAUCUUUCUGCUAAUUAAAAAAAAAAAAAAAAUAUGAAAGAAAAUAAUACAAUCGUUUGUGAAUUUUUUUAAAUGCUAAAAAGAUUUUCAUUUUAUUUAUUUAUUUUUUUUUUUUUAUUUUUCGUGGUACAUUUAAUAUACAAGUGUUUCUUUGUAUCACACAAUUUUCCCUAUUCUUGUGUAUGUAUAUAUGUAUGUAUGUAUGUAUAUAUAAGUUUGUAUGUAAGUGUAUGUAUGUAUGAUAAGUGUCUGUACAGGCGACAGACAAAAAAUUCCUGCAUGAAAGAAAACACAGAUAGACAAAGAACUAAAGGGGAGUAAAAAGAGAAGCAACAAGAAAGAAAAAAAAAUUGAGAGUUAUAUAUACAUAUAUAAUAAUGAAAAAAAAAAAAAAUAUAUAUAUAUAUAUAAAGAAAAGAAUGAAAGAAAUGACUGAAUACAUUCUUCCCUGAAGCUAGACGAGACAAUUGCACAGAACUAAAGCACUAAAAAUUUGAGAAAUGAAAAAAAAAUGAAAAUAAAAGUUGAGAAUAUCAAGUGGAAAAAAAAAUAACGUACUAAUGAUAGAGAUGAGAUUGAAAGAGACAGAGUGGCGUGUAAAAGUGGUUAAAUGAGUGUGAGAAAAUAAAUAUAUAUACAUAUAUAUGAAAACCGAGCAAAAUGAAAAUAAAAAUCUUAAAAAAAUAAAUAACUUUAAAUAUUUAAAGACAAAUGAUUAUUAUUAUUAUUAUUAAUUAAUAUACAAAGAAAAGAAUAUGAUGAAUUAAGAUUAAUUAUUUAAUCAAUUUCAUUAUUAAAUGAAAGCCUACUAGUAAGCUUUAUACUAUUUAUAUGUAAAAAAAUUAAACAAAUAAUAUAAAAAUACAAACAAAUCGAUCAUUUAAUAAUUAUAAUAAUAAUAAUAAUAAUAAUAAU